CAGGAGCUUGUGGCGUCAAAGCGCCCGCAGUGUCCAUGGAGAGAAGCUGAGUCCCCACGCUCCAGCCCGAGGCUGCGGGCGCCGCGACGUGGACAUGUCGGCGUCGUUGGUCCGCGCCACCGUGCGGGCCGUGAGCAAGAGAAAACUGCAGCCCACGCGGGCGGCGCUCACGCUGACCCCCUCUGCUGUGAACAAGAUAAAACAACUUCUUAAAGACAAGCCUGAGCACGUGGGUCUGAAAGUUGGCGUUCGAACCAGGGGCUGUAAUGGCCUCUCUUACAGCCUGGAGUACACAAAGACAAAAGGAGAUUCUGAUGAAGAAGUUAUUCAAGAUGGAGUCCGAGUGUUCAUCGAGAAGAAAGCUCAGCUAACCCUGUUAGGGACAGAGAUGGACUAUGUGGAAGACAAACUGUCCAGUGAGUUUGUGUUCAAUAACCCCAACAUCAAGGGAACCUGUGGCUGCGGUGAGAGCUUUCACGUGUGAAACCUCAGGACUGUGAGCUCCAGGAGAGCUGGGUGUGCCUUGGCGCUUACUGAAGAAAUCAUGUGAUGUCACGUGCUCAGACGUGUGGCUGCCUCGUGGGUGAAAAUAAAGUGACGCAUUUGAAAAUCAAGCCAAUGUGGGAAGAGUUCUGUACUCUCUGAGACACAAGCUGAGAAAACACGGUGUCUGUACUAAGACACAAACUGAGAAGCCGUGGAUUUCCUUGAAUCGUUCUGUUCUGUACAGGGAACUCCUCCCCUGCCCUUGUGCCGUAGCCUCCUCCCCUGCCCUGUGCUUAGCCUGCUUUGUGCUAGAACCAGCCUCGUGGCCAUUGCUUUGCUGGGAAUUGAGGACUGGGAUAACGGGCAUGCGCCUCCACCACAGCACGGCUUGAGUGUGUCUCCUGUCCCUUUCUCGAUCUUUGCCAACCCUGGAUCUCAGGCGGGACAACUGUGGGUAACGGUGUAGUGGGACCUCCUUUCCCUCACCUUUGGCAUGGCCCAUUACAUUUUUACCAAAAAUGUGAUGAUCACAUGCCUCGUUGCCAACCCUUCAACAGUUCCUGAGUUCUGGGUUCCAGUAUCUGAACUUGGGAACCACCAGGCCUGGUUUAGGCCUCCUCUCGGGCGUGCUUCAUGAUGGUUUGCUUUAGACCUUUCAGGUAGAAGCGCUUGUGCUAAGCAGCCAGCUCGCUCACUCAAGAGUUCCUGCCCAGCUCUCCCUGCCUCGAGGUCACAGCAGUGCUGUCUGAGACAUUCGGUGAAGAGAGUGGUGAUGGCUUCCCGCCUGGCCAACGCUCUCACCAGAGUUUCUUAAUUUAUAGAGACUUCGUUAGUUUUCUUUUGAAUAGAAUCUUGUGUAAACCCUCUCUUGAAACAAUAGUUACAAAGAUUUGCGGCAGAGGGAUUCCUCUCAACACCUGACCUGUGGAGCAAGCGGAACAUGCCAUUCUGACAGUUGCCAGUAUGCAUAUGCUUUCUGGUUCCUAAAUGAAAUUGCUAAUUUUUUUUAAUGUUUUUAUCACUUGUUUUUUGAGCCAUGGUUUUGCUGUAUACUACAGGCCAGCCUUGAACGCACAAUCCUCCUGCUUCAACCUUCUGAGGCUUGUGCUACCACACCUGGAUCCCAAGUUUUUCUUUAAGUGGUCUUGAUUGACUUGGGUUGGACAUCUUAAGUAACCUGUGAAUUCUUUUGUGGAAGGCUGAGUUUAAUAUUUGUGCUAUUUACUAAAGUACCUACCACCAAAAUGUAACAACUCGUAGUUUUAUAUGAAUGUUGAUGAGUUUGUAUCAUAAAUAGAAUUGUUGAUACAUCCUUAAUUUGUGCAAUAUUGUAUGAAGAGAUUGAGUUGUCAAUUAAAAACACGCAUCUUUAUGA